AUGGGCCAAAACACUUCCCGGGAGACGUACGCCGACGACCCGGGCCGGACACCCCGGCCCGCAGACCCGGACCGCACGCCGCGGGCGACCGACUACCAGCAGCAGCAGCGGGCGCCCUCAUCCACGGGGAGCGGCUCCUCCUCCUCCUCCUCGCCCCCCUACACGCCGGUGGCGGCGUCGUCGUUCCACUCGACCGACGACAACGGGGGCCUCGGGGGCACGCCGCCGGACCGGCGCAACGACGGCACGGUGGAGCAGCCGCACAGCAACGACGGGUUCGGGCUGGGCAUCUCGGGCGUGAGCAUGCCGAAUGAUGGCGAGCAGAGCAAGCGCGUCUCCAAGUAG